AAAUCCUCUUUGCAAUACCAAGUUUAGGCAUGCACUUCUUUUACAAUUAGCAUAGCUUAGUCUAUUGCUUAAUUUUCAAGAAAAUAGAAAACGAUAAAAAGGUUUAUAUCUUCCUCAUGCAAGCUCUGCAGUUCACCUACCAAAGCAACAGCCAAAGUUCCAGAUAUAAUAAAGUAGAAUAAACGUUUUCUGGGAAUGAUAUAUAAGGAGAGAUUUUGAAGCUAAGAGGAGAUAUAUACCAUUAUUAGCCAGGUAUAAUUACAUCAUGAACUUGUUUCGAAAUAUCAUGGAGAGACUGAGGCCUCUUGUUGGAUUCAAAGGAUGGGACUAUUGUGUUCUUUGGAUAUUGAGCGACGACCAAAGGUAUCUUGAGUGGAUGGACUGUUGCUGUGGCGGGACUGAGAACACACAAGUUAAUGGUGGAGAGGAACUUCAGUUUCCUGUUUCUUCUGUCCUUCCUUGCAGGGAUAUCAUCUUUCAGCACCCAAGAACUAAAUCUUGUGAACUUCUUGCCCGACUUUCUUCUUCAAUGCCCCUGGAGUCUGGGAUUCAUGCACAGGCCUUGAUAUCAAACGAGCCCAGAUGGAUAAACUUUUCUAAUAACUCGGAUUUAAAUGGAACAGUUGGAACUAGGGCUUUGAUACCAGUGCCAGGAGGACUACUAGAGUUGUUUGUUACUAAACAAGUGUCUGAAGAUCAACAUGCUAUAGAUUUUGUAACAACUCAAUGUACCAUUUUAAUGGAGCAAGAAGCCAUGAUAAGUUCAACCAACAUCGAUACAGGUUUCGCGGUUAAUAUGAAGAUGAUUGGAGAAGAACAAUCAAAAGCAUAUCUAGCCGAUCAUGACAAUAUGGAAGAAAAGGAUCAUACAAAUAACAAUCAAUUCCAGCAGGCACCAAUUACUCCAGCAUUAGAGAAUUUGAAUCUUCCAUAUGAUAUCUCCGCUGAUCGAAUUCGUCUUUGUAGUCCUCCAAUGAAUUUCUUGCAGCAAUUUCAUUAUAGCAAUGAUCAGGAUAACAAAACUAAAAGUAAUGAUCAUAUCUUCUUUGAAGAAGCUGCAACGAAUUCUUGUAAUGGUCUCCAAGAUCAAAUGGAUGCAGCUGCAUCGCACAAGAUCAUGAUGAUGACUACUAAUACAGAAAACAUGCACAUGAAGUUUAUGGAACCUUCAUCAGGAAAAAAGGAGCAGCAAGCUAAUAAUGAUAAUGACUCGAUCAAACACGAGAAUGGGAGAUCGGACUCCGUCUCUGACUGCAGUAAUCAGAUUGAUGAUGAGAAUGAUGCGAAGUAUAGGAGAAGAACUGGAAGAGGUCCUCCAGCUAAAAAUCUUAAGGCUGAGAGGAGGAGAAGGAAAAGGCUUAAUGGCAGGCUAUAUGAUUUAAGGGCCUUGGUUCCCAAAAUUUCAAAUCUAAAUAAGGCAUCCAUACUUGGAGAUGCAAUUGAAUUUGUGAAGGAGUUGCAGAAGCAAGCUAAAGAACUUGAAAAUGAGCUUGAAGAGCAUUCAGAUGACGAUCAAGGUGUUAAAAAUGGCAUCCAUAAUAAUAUCCCACAAGAAAUUUUGAAUCAAGAUGGAGGUAUUGUAAAUGGAUUUCAUGUAGGAUCAUCAGAAGUAGUUAGCUGCUCCAAACUUAAUCACAAGUCAGAAACUAGUCAUGACAAGGGACAGCAGAUGGAGGUCCAAGUGGAAGUAGCUCAAAUAGAUGGAAAUGAGUUCUUUGUAAAGGUAUUUUGUGAGCAUAAGGCAGGAGGAUUUAUGAAACUGAUGGAGGCUUUGGAUUGUCUUGGGUUAGAAGUUACAAAUGCCAAUGUAACCAGCUUUAGAGGCCUUGUCUCAAAUGUUUUCAAAGUUGAGAAAAAGGAUAGCGAAAUGGUGCAAGCAGAUUAUGUAAGGGAGUCUUUGCUAGAGCUGACAAGAGACGCGCCAAGAGGAUGGCCUGAAAUGGCAAAAGCUUCAGAGAAUGGUAGUGCCAUGGACUAUCACCAUCACCACCACCACAUGCACAAUGGCCAUAUCAACUCCAAUCACCACCAUCUCCACCACCUUCAUAGUUGAGCAUAUACAUAUAUAUCUCAGGACAAUUAACUUUAUGUGGCAUUAUUCUCCUGAGAAUUGUUAUAUUGACACUUUAAUUAACUUGUAUUAUCUUCUGCCUUCUGUCAUACUUGCUGAAUGCGUAAUCUAAAGCUUUCUGCUUCUUGGAGGUUGCUAAUA